AUGGGCCGCGCCGAAUUGUUGCGGCAACCGAGGCUGCUCGAGCUCACGGGUGCUGGCGAGGAGGACCUGACCCAACUUGCGUGGGAAACCUUGCAGAAGGACGAGCAGGUCCAUAUACAGCGGCACCGAGAUCGCAGCCUCUUCUGCGGCAGUGUCUUUGUAAAGCUCACUGGCCACGUUCCCAACACCACCGUCGCCCAUGUGGCCCACUGCUUCUCAAACUUUGCCGACCGCGGGCUCUGGGACAAGCAGAUGGACAGCUUCCGGGUGAUGUACAACGUGCAGUCCAAUGAUAUCGUCUACGGCCUCCUCCAUGUGCCACCGCUGACGGAUCGGGAUUUCUUCUUGUACCACGCCACUUUGUGCCACGAAAGUGGUCGAGGCAUAAUGUUCUACACCCGCUCUGCCAGCAACAGCCUGUGUCCACCCACACGGGCAGUCCGAGCAACACAGUACAUGGCUUCCCAUUGUCUCAUGCAGGACCCCGACGGAAAGGGAGUGACCUUCACCUCCACGCAGGCGGUGGAACCGCACAUCCCCUUCCUCCCCAGGUGGGUCAUGACGCUGCUGCUGCCCGCCGAGUUCCGGCGCUGGCGAAGCGCUGUCGACCAGCGCAGCCAUGAGCUCCACCGGGACGGCGUGCCCAUCCCCGUCGCCAGCGUGCUGCAGACAGAAGCCCAGCUCCGGGCCCCGGCCAAGGUGGAGGAAGCUUCGCCCUCGGGCUACACCACCGAGGACGGCUACCCCAGUGACGCCAGCGACGCCAAGACUGGCAUCGAUGGUGCCGACAGCCCUCCAGGUACCCACCCCGAUGCAUCGCCGUGCAUCGAGGAUGCUGUGGCCACUGUGCCCGUGACUUCGCCAGGCCUGUGCUGGUGCUGCUGA